ACGCUCCCUCCUUCUCUCUCUCCCCGCACCAUCUCCCCAAAUAUUUACAUGAAUUCAUUUCCUUCGUCGCCCUCUUCCCAGUCCUGAACCUCUCUUGCUCAUCCUUCUGCCUAUAUAUUUCUCUCCCUUCAUUAUUAGAGCGCAGGAAAUAUGUGCUUGCUUUAAGUGCGGAACGGGGGAGAGAGAAAGCCACCUUCGCAAUUUCAUGUUCCAGUCCAACAUUCAAUCUUCUUCUGCUUCAUUCCAUCAUGGCCGUCGCUACUCCCUCCCCCAACGCUUCCGACAAGAAGCACUGGUGGCUUACCAACCGUAAGAUUGUUGAGAAACACAUUAGAGAUGCUCGCGCCCUGAUUGCCACCCAACAGCAGAGCGAAAUCGCUUCGGCUCUGAACCUUCUAGACGCGGCUCUGGCCAUCUAUCCGCGCCUAGACAAAGCCCUGGAACUCAAAGCCAGGUCUCUUCUGUUUCUGCGGCGGUUCAAGGAGGUGGCCGAUAUGCUUCAAGACGACAUUCCGAGCCUCAAAAUGACCAGCGAAGACUCGGCCUCCUUUUCUACUGAUAAUUCGUCGCAACAGUUUUCCAGGGAGGGGUUGAUGCUCCUUUCAUCCUCAUCCGAGUUGUCGGGUCGGGAUCAGAGUUUCAAAUGCUUCUCUGUAUCGGACUUGAAGAAGAAAGUCAUGGCAGGACUGUUCAAAAGCUGCGACAAAAAAGCGCAGUGGAGGUACUUAAUUCUGGGCAAAGCAUGCUGCCAUCUAGGUCUAAUGGAGGAUGCAAUGGUUCUUCUACAAACAGGUAAACGCAUUGCCAGUGACGCCUUCCGCCGCGAAAGCGUUUGCUGGUCUGAAGACAGCUUCUUCUUAACAGCAAUCACCUUCUCCGGGGACGCCUCCAACCCAACACCCUCCACUCCUCACAAAACACCUCUCACCGAGUUCGAAGGCAUCACCCAACUCCUCAGCCACAUCAAGCUCCUCCUCCGACGUCGCACGGCGGCACUAGCCGCCCUCGAUGCUGGUCUCUACUCUGAAGCCAUUCGACACUUUUCCAAAAUCGUUGAAGGCCGCCGCAACGUGCCGCAAGGUUUUCUCGCCGAGUGUUAUAUGCUCAGAGCCUCCUCCUACCGCUCUGCCGGUCGAAUUGCAGAGUCCAUUGCUGACUGUAAUCGGACUCUGGCGCUCGACCCGUCUUGCAUUCAAGCUCUCGAUACCAGAGCCUCCCUCCUGGAAACAAUUCGAUGCUUGCCGGAUUGCUUGCACGACCUUGAACACUUGAAACUUCUGUAUAAUUCGAUCCUGCGGGAUAGAAAGCUUCCAGGUCCUGCUUGGAAGCGUCACAAUGUGAGGUACAGAGAAAUUCCUGGGAAACUCUGCACUCUCACCACUAAAAUCCAAGAACUGAAACGAAGAGUGGCUUCUGGAGAAACUAACAACGUGGAUUACUAUGCUCUGAUUGGGUUGCCACGUGGGUGUUCUCGUUCGGAGCUGGAGAGAGCUCAUGUAUUGCUUUGCUUACGACACAAGCCUGAUAAAGCUUUCAACUUUAUUGAUCGGUGCGAGCUAGCGGACGAACGUGAUCUUGAAUCAGUUAAGGAAAGAGCUAAAAUGUCAGCUUUGUUACUUUAUAGAUUGCUUCAGAAGGGGUACACAAGUAUAAUGGCUAUGAUCAUGGAUGAGGAAGCAGCUGAAAAACAGAGAAAGAAAGCAGCUGCUGCAUUACAAGCCGCACAAGCAGCUGAGUGCAGAGGAGAGUCUAAUUUGAAUGUCUCAGAGAAAUUGUGCGGCAACAGGAAUAAUUGUUCAGUGGAAAAUAAACCCGCAUCAGUAUCUUCUUCGAUUGCGAAUUCGUCGGUUUUCCAAGGUGUAUUUUGCCGUGAUCUUGCUGCUGUUGGGAAUUUGCUUUCGCAGGCUGGAUUUAACAAUCCAAUUCCGGUGAAGUACGAGGCACUGAGCUGCUGAUGAAUUAAAUCCUUGUAGAAAGAAAAUUGAGUGCCCUAUAGGAUUGUCGCCGGCAGAGGGAUUCUCUGGUUCAUUUGCUCGACUGUACAAAAUGGAAACUUUUUUAUUGCCGGAAAAUUUUGUCACCCGUUUUUUAAACGUUUUCUUCUUUCUUUAUUAGUUGUCUUUUAUCUAUGUCAGGUGUACAGGAUAUCAGUACUUAAAAUCUCUACUUCGGCCCUAAACUUGAUCGAAA